GUGGGGACCCAAACUCUGGAUGCAAUUAGAGAGUCUAACAGGUUGGGGACUAAAAAGAAUAAGAGAGUAACUUCGGGGUGAGUUUGACACCUGCACACUUCCCACCCACAGGAGCUGGAGUCUUGGGUACUCUGACUCUGAGCCUCUCCUGGGCAGCUCUUGGGGAUCCUUCCUGCUCCCUGUGUGGAACACUGCUCAGAAGGGAGGUCGUUCUACACCUGUAACUUCCUGCACCUCAGAGAGAGAUCAGCCACAGGACCCGAUCAGCCAGGACCGGAGCCUGUGGCCUGAAGCUGCCCUGUUCCCAGCUUCCUGUGGGAAGGCUCAUGACUCACCUUGGUCCAGCUGGGCCUGCCCAGGAGACGAUACAAGUAUGGAGCUGGGAUGGCUGAGCACACACAACUACAGCGGCAAUGUCUCAGUGGAGAGACAGAGAAAGCCUGAGAGCCACACACGGGAAGACCCAGGCCAGAGACACCGAGCAAGACCAAGGAAGCCAGGGACAGCCUCGAGGGCUCACCCGAAUCCCCAGAUCCUCACAGACCCCAGAGAGCAGCAUGAAGCCUGCUGGGGGCCGCCUGCUCCUGCUGCUGCUGCUGCUGGCCGCGGUGCUGACGGGAACCCGCGCUGCUCCUGUGCCCAGGCCGACCAGGCUCCCACCAGAUGCAAAGGACUGUCACAUAGCCCGGUUCAAGUCUCUGUCCCCUCAAGAGCGGGAGGCAUUCCUUAAGGCAACGGUUGCCAUAAUUCAGCCUGAGCCUGCAGCAGAGCCCAGGCCCCCAAGCCACCGCCUCUCCCGCUGGCUGCACCGGCUCCGGGAGGCCCAGGAGAAGGAGACCCCGGGCUGCCUGGAAAUCUCUGUCACUUCCAACCUCUUUCGCAUGCUCCUCCGGGACCUGCCGUGUGUGGCCCGUGGAGACCAGUGUGCCUGACUUUGGACUCUCCUGCCAGCUGCUGGAAUUCUUCCGUGUGCGGACUCACCAAGCCCCUGCCUUAAUUUAUAGCCACUCAUGACUUUUUAAAAAGUAUUUAUUGUGUGUGGGUCCUCAGACUCCACAAAAUGUCUAUUUUUCUACUUUUGGAAGCAUUUUAUAAAUACAGAGUGAGAAAAGA